GAAGAAGGCUCCAGUCGACGCUGCGUGACUGUUGACAGCACCGUGGACUUGUUGUCAUGGAGCGAUGUUUUAGUGUCAGCAGGGAUGAUUCAGCUCCCUGCUCCCCACCUCCUCCAGCAUCUCCUCCUCACAUCCUCCCCCUCUCAGCGCCUCCCUCCUCUCCCCCAUCAGCCGUGACUCCUCCUCCUCCUCCUCCUCCUCCUCCUCCACAAGGACGGUUCAGCUUUGCAGGAGCCAUGGUGGACGUCAGUAAGUGGCCCCUGUUUUCUCUGCUGAGCCACGAGGAGCUGUCCACCAUUCGGCAGGCGUGCGUUUUUGGCAUCUACGCCAAUGAGGCCAUCUAUGUCACACAUGCCAACGAGGUGUUCGUGUUUGGCUUCAACAGCAGCAGCUGCCUCGGCACAGGAGACAGCCUGAGCACCAUCGUGCCCAAGAAGUUGGAUUUCCUGAGGGGGAAGAAGGUGAUCAGCCUGAGCUACGGCAGCGGACCUCACGUCCUUUUAGCUACAGAGGAUGGACAGCUGUUUGCGUGGGGACAUAACGGCUACAGUCAGCUGGGGAACGGCAGCACCAACCAGGGCCUCUCCCCGGUCCUCGUCACCUCCAACCUGCAGAGCAAGAAGGUGAAAGAAGUGUCGUGUGGCUCGCAUCACUCCAUGGCGCGCACUCAUGAUGGAGAGGUGUUUGCAUGGGGUUAUAAUAACUGUGGCCAGGUGGUUCAGGUCCUGUUUGACAACACGGCCAACCAGGUCCUGUUUGACAAAGAGAGUGAGGUUCAGGCUCCUGCAGAAGACCGAGUUUUCCAGGUCGUGUGCGGCUACGGCCACUGCCUGGCUCAAACAGACGAGGGUCUGCUGUACGCCUGGGGAGCAAACACCUACGGUCAGCUGGGAACGGGCAACAAGAGCAACCAGCUGAGCCCUGUGCAGGUCCUGUCUGACAAAGAGAGGGUGGUCGAGGUCGCUGCGUGCCAUUCCACACACACCUCAGCUGCCAGGACACAGAGUGGGCAGGUAUACAUGUGGGGUCAGUGUCGAGGUCAGUCCAUCGUUACGCCACAUCUCACUCACUUCAUGAACAGAUCACCAAUAAAACAGAGAAGAAGAAGGAGAACAUGGAAAUGCAUUCACGUACACAAAGCUGUGCUAAAAAUAAGGUGUGAGCAUUUCCGCUCCAUGUUCCGCUCUCAGUGGACGGAGGAUCAGCAGGACGUGAUCGAGAUCGGACAGUUCUCCUACCCCGUCUACAGAUCAUUCCUGCAGUUCCUCUACACGGACACCGUUGACCUUCCCCCCGAGGACGCCAUCGGCCUGUUGGACCUGGCCACCUCGUACUGUGAGAACCGGCUGAAACGUCUGUGUCAGCAGAUCAUCAAAAGAGGGAUCACUGUGGAGAACGCCUUCACGCUGCUGUCCGCCGCCAUACGAUACGAUGCAGAGGACUUGGAGGUGUUCUGCUUCCGGUUCUGUGUGAACCACCUGACUCAGGUGACGCAGACCGGAGCUUUCUGGCAGGUAGACGGAGCCAUGCUGAAGGAGUUCAUCAGCCGGGCCAGCCGCUGCGGAGCCUUUAAGAACUGAGCGUGAUUAACGCACGUUUCUGUGAACUGCACUCUCGCUGAGGUGGGCGUGGUCGCCGCUCCACGUGUCGCCAUUCUGAUCACAUUCCUGAGAGAGACAGCUUCAGCAGCGAUGUAGCAGAAAAAAAGCACUUUGGCCACUUCCUGUGGAGUCACCUACAUUAUCUUUACAUGCCGUCUUUAUACUUGAAUGUUCUUCAGCAGCACAUCCUCACAGGUCAUCCUUUCCUUCAGGAGUAAACACUGGAGGGAUUUAUUUAAGAGAAAGAGAAACACUGGUUAGCAUAGCGCCUGUUUUCAGGCUCCUUAUUGAGCUGAGCCUUUACAAUGACGGAGAAAUGUUAUGUUAGGAUCCUACUUGAGCAUAUUUAGGGUAUUUUCAGCAGCUGGCAGAGAUUGGACCAGAACAACUGAAAAGCUGUCUUCAACAGAACAGAGGGCUCAGAUUUUUAUUUUUAUUUGUCUGUGUCCCAGCGUAUACAUGAUGCAGUCCUCUCCAAAGCCCUUCAGAUGUUUUCAUCUCAUUUGUCUGCUUACAGAUCGGCCUCCCUGGGCUCCUUUUUUUUUAUUUUAUUUUUUAUUUUACAUAUUUUUAUUUUAUUUUAAUUGCAAUUUUUUAUUUUUGUUAAAAUUAUUUUACUAUUGUUAUUUUUUUACCUUUAUUUUAUUUUAUUUUAUUUUAUUUUUUAUUUAUUACUUUUAUUAUAUAUAUUUUUUAAUCUCAGGAAAUGGAUGUGGCUCUCCUGAUCCUCCUCUCAAUCGGGAGAGGAGGGUGAACUUCCUUCCAAGCGGGGAGGGCCAACAGAUCCUGGGGGCGGGGCUUACUCCCCACAUGACAUCACAUUCACAUUUUCUGAAGGGUGGAGAAAGAGAGGGUGGGGGGAUUGUGGACAGGGGUCACAUAUUUUUGUUAGAAAAACCUGAAAGUGUAUUUAGCGUGACAUGUGACCUUUAAAGGGGUCACACUGAGCAUGCUCAUAUACCUGCAGUCAUUCCGGUCCAAUCAGAGGCUGCCAGCUCACACCAGAGUCAUUCCAAACCGUCUUACAUUGCUGAUUUUUACUCUUAUUUCUAUAAAGUAGGUCUCAAGUUUAGAUUAGUCUUAAAGAAAGCUUUUGAGUUGAUAAGAGACGCUAAGCUCAGCCCUCAUUGGUGGUGUUUCAAGGUCAUUUGAUUGGCUGAUUUCUGCACAUAUUUACAGUCAAAGAAACAAAGUUGGAUGUAUUAUAUUUGUGUUUUUAUACUCCAGUCUGUUUGCUCUGGGAUGUUUCAUUCUGCCUCAUGUAAAUGUGUUCAUAGCACUUUAAGAAAGCACAUCUUUAUCUUUCUGCUCUGUUAAGAAGGUAGUUGAAUUAUUUUAAAUGUUGUGGGGGAAGCAUUAGGAAAAGAAUGUUGCACUAAAGAAGUUACAGUAGCAAACAUUUAAGGCAGCGCUACGUGACUAGCAGCUUUUUCCUCCCUCUGAAAUGAUAACAGGAUAUUCCUGCUAACACGGGGAUGUUUUACUGGUUAGGGAGCUUUGUUCUGUGGUAAUUAUUGAAAAGCUUCCCGUUCCAUGACGACAACAAGCUUGAGCAAUGUGUAAACGCUGAAAUGCUUGGAAAAGCUGUUUCUCUUCUGCUGUUAAGUUUUAGCACUCAGAUCUGUUCCUGGUAUUAGGUUUGUACGCUCACUGACCACUUUAUUAGGUACGCCUUUUCAGCAGCUCUUUAAUGAUCUAAUCAGUCACAUGGCAGGAAGCGAAGCAUUGGACACGCAGACAUGCCGCAGACGAUGUGCUGAAGUUUGUUAAUAGGUGUACCUAAUGAAGUGGUCAGUGAGUGUAGUUCUGUUUGCACUCAGAUGCUUGAAAUAACCGUUUUAAUGUGGUUUAUUAUGAUAGCGCUGAUUCCUUUAGGGUCAAAAGUAGCUGUACACGCUUUCAGCAGGGUUACAGUUCUUGAUUUGUUUUAUAUGACAAACUGGGAAAAUGCUUUCUGUUUUAAUACGAUAAAGUUUAUUUUUAUUGUGCUUUGUUAGGCCUUUAUUUACUGAGAAAAAGUAUUUUAAAGUGCAGAUAUUUUCUCUUUUAUUACAGCUUAUAGCACACGGGUUUACUAUGAGGUGUUAAAUAAAUGUAUGUUUUGCUGUUAUACUGUUACAGCUGAUUUUAUUUUGUUUUUAUACUUAGUUCUGGGUUGACAUGUUUCUGAAAUAAAUAACUUGAAACUAA